AUCGAAAACCCGGAUGUUAUCACUUCAUACGUUAUACUCUCUACCAUGCUAAGUGUCAGACCUUUUGUCCUGGCGGCACUGCCAGUGAUCCUACUACUGUUUGUGCAACAGCCAUCCAGCAGCACCCAACAGCUCCAGACGCUCCUGGCCUCGUGGCUGCCCGCAUCGCUCCACAACGCUAUCCUGCUGAAUCGACCCCGCGUCGCCCUCUCCCAGGGCACGGUCGUGGGCACCACGUUGACAGACACCUUGAACCACCCGGUCGACGCGUUCCGUGGGAUUCCCUAUGCUCUCCCGCCGGUGGGCGAUCGCAGGUUCCGUCGGGCUGUUCCUGUCAACGCUUCGGACGAGUUGAUCGAUGCCAGUCGUUAUGGGCCACGCUGUCCUGGCAAGCAAUUGCUGCAGAUCCCCGGUGACAGCGGCAGCAGCGAGGAUUGUCUCACGGCGAACGUUUUCCGACCCCAGGGUGUGCACGGCAAGGACAAGCUCCCUGUUGCCGUCUACGUCCACGGGGGCGCUUACAAUCGAGGAUCAGGUAAGACACUCUUCCCGGGAUGCAUGAACGAACAACUGACCAGCCCAGCCUCGAUGCACAAUACAGCGUCCAUGGUGGGCUGGGCCGACGAGCCCUUUGUCGCGGUCAGCUUCAACUACAGAAUCGGCGCCCUCGGCUUCCUCCCCUCGACCACCACCGCGAACGAAGGCAUCCUAAACCUCGGCCUGCACGACCAACUCCUCCUGUUCCAAUGGGUGCAAGACAACGUCGCCAGCUUCGGCGGCGACCCCUCCCAAGUCACGCUGAUCGGGCUCUCAGCCGGCGCACACUCAAUCGCCCACCACAUCAUGAACACCGACCUGCAGCACACCUACUUCCACCGCGCGAUCAUCGAAUCCGGCGCCGCGACCUCGCGCGCCGUGCACCCCUACCACGCCGCGCUGCACGAAGCGCAAUUCCGGGAGUUCGUCACCGCAGCAGGCUGCGAGCCGACCCUCUCCCUCUCCUCGCACGACAUCCUGACCUGCCUGCGCGCCGCACCGUCCGCGACCAUCACCAACGCCUCAUUCACCGUCUUCGACCACUACAACCCGUCAGUGCGGUGGGCGUUCCAACCCGUCAUCGACAACGACCUCAUCAAGCACCGACCCAUCGACGCCUGGCGCGCCGGCACCUGGAACAAGAACCUCCCGCUCCUCACGGGCUUCAACACCAACGAGGGCACGUACUACGUCCCGGCCGCGAUGGCCACAUCGGACGAAUUCACCGCGUUCUUCCACGCCCUCCUCCCCGCCUUUACGGAGGACGACCUGCGGACCAUCGACGCGCUCUACCCGGACCCAGCCGUCGACGCGACGUCCCCGUACGUCGAGACGCGGAAUCUCAGCGUCGGGGAGCAGUACCAGCGCGUCGAGGCCGCCUACGGCCACUACGCGUACGCCUGUCCCGUGCGCCAGACGGCGCGGUUUGCGUCGGCCGGGCAGCGCGCGCCCGUGUUCCUGUACCGGUGGGCGUUGAAUAAGACGCUGCAGGGCGGGGCGAACCAUGGGGACCAGAUGGCGUAUGAGACGUUUAACCCGGAGGUGCGGGCGAUUUCGGCGGCGCAGGAGGAGGUGGCGGGGACGUUCCAUGCGUACAUCACGUCGUUUAUUGUGAGGGGCGAUCCGAAUGCGGUGCAGGGCAGGUUUGCGCGCAGACCGCGCUGGGAGCCGUUUGAUGGGUCCCAGAAAGCUGGGAGGAGGAUUAUGGUGCUCGGAGAGGGGAAUGAUGAGCGUGCGGGGGGCCGGGGUAUCGGGGUGACGGCGCAGAUGGUUGAUGAUGAGUGGAGUGGGAAGGAGUGUGAGUUCUGGUGGACGAAGAGUGGUGUUUCUGACUGAUUGCGG